GUUUCUUCUUCUACUCUCUCUCUCUCUCUCCAAGAAUUUGUCUCCUUUUUGCAUUAUUUACAUCUGUUCUCACUUCCUCGCACACAAGCUCUGCUCUGCAUUUUAGUACCCAUCACAUUCGAAAACGAAAGGAAACUCGGAACUCCAAUCCGCUAUCAUCCACCUCCCUUCCCCUCCGUGAUUUUCGACUCCGUAACCCCCCGGCUCCGCGGUUUCGGCAUCUCAAAUCGGUUGCAUUUCGUGUUCAUCCAUGUAUUCAAACCAGGUGCGGUGGUGGUGAUGUCACUCUGAAUUAUAAAAGAGCAUAAGAAUAUAGUGAUCUGUAUGAAUAACGAAUUCACUUGUUCACUGUGAUCAAUCGGAGUCCGUGAAAAGAUAUAUUGGAUUCUCCCUUCGUGGCUUAUCCGCAUUUAACUUGGCCUUUGAAAAAUACGUGUCAGACUUCAAGCGUACAGGGAUGCCAAUUGAAGCUGAGAAAUUUUGAGCUAGAUGAGUUUGAGGAGUUUGUUUAUCGCUGUGCAAUUUGAUUUGAAAAGCUAGGUUUUAGUACUGCAAGUGAAACCCAUUUAGAAGGAAGAUUUGUUUUGGGUAUUUGCAAAAUUUAGAGAUUCCGGGUAUUUGAUGGUGCUGUAUGUAUUUAUGUAGCUUGUUUCCCCUUAAUUAGGUUCUUUUAUAUUCUAAUUUUAGAAUAAAGGAAAAAAAAAAUUGAGAGGGUGAGUCAGAAUGCUGGAACCUGAGCUAUGUUCUUCUCGGGUUCUUUUGCCUUUUCGCGAGGAAAGUGGGGACGAGGAACUUUCCGUGCUUCCCAGACACACCAAGGUUAUUGUUACUGGAAACAAUAGAACAAAAUCUGUGUUGGUGGGUUUACAAGGCGUGGUCAAGAAGGCUGUUGGCCUCGGAGGUUGGCAUUGGCUGGUUCUGAAAAAUGGGGUUGAAGUGAAGCUGCAAAGGAACGCAUUGAGUGUUCUGGAACAUCCUACAGGGCAUGAAGAAGAUGAUGACCAUGAUUAUGAUAUCUCUAGCAGCAGUUCUGACAUUGGUGAAAAGGAUAAUGAUUUCUCUACUAGUAUUGAGUUCCACAAAAUUAACAAGCCAAGAAUUCGUACAAAGCCUUGGGUCCCAUCUGCAUCAGCAAAGUCAACCAAUCGUGGCAGUUACAGAGAAGUUCAAUCGAUUCAUGCAACUCAACUGAGGGUCAACCUGGCAAAAUUGGGUACAGACUCAUUGUGGAGAUAUUGCAGACACUUCAAGCUUUUUAGCAGCAGUUUUCAUCCACCAAGGGAACAGCUGCUUAAGGCUGUGCAGCGGCAUUUUGCCCAGCUAGAAGUGGAUGAGGCGCAAGUGAUCCCAGAAUUUGUUCAUGCUGCUGCCAAAAGGUUGAAGUCGACCAACAAACUGAUAAAACGAGAAUGCUGAACGUUGGAUGCUUGUAUGAUAACAUAAUAGCUAAAUUAACACUAACCUUUAGAUCAGAUCUAGUUAGUAGUAGAGUAAUUUGGGAGAGUGGGCGAUUAGCCAACUAUAUUCAUUCUCACUUAUUCUAACCCUGUAACAUUGGCUUGAUGCCCUUGUUAUUGUUCUAUUCUCUUAA